CAUUUAACGGUGGUGGCUGGUUCUGCGCCGGAUCCGGGAGUCGGGCGGACGCCAUUGUGCUUCGCGGCCGACUUUUCUGCCUCUGUUAGAGGCCUCGGACUCCGAGGAGGAAGGCGGCGGUGCGAUCGCUGGGAGCGGGAGGCGCCCUGUUCAGUGCCAGCUCUGGAGCAGGGGAAACAUUAAGAAUGGAGUCUAAACCUUCAAGGAUUCCAAGAAGAAUUUCUGUUCAACCCACUAGCUCUUUAAGUGCUAGGAUGAUGUCUGGAAGCAGAGGAAGUAGUUUAAAUGAUACCUAUCACUCAAGGGACUCUUCGUUUGGACUGGAUUCUGAAUAUCAGUCUACAUCAGCAUCAGCAUCUGCAUUACCAUUUCAGUCUACAUGGUAUAGUGAGUCUGAGAUAACUCAGGGAGCACGCUCAAGAUCGCAAAACCAGCAACGGGAUCAUGAUUCAAAAAGACCUAAACUUUCCUGUACAAACUGUACAUCUACCUCAGCUGGGAGAAGUGUUGGACAUGGUUUAAAUGCAGUAUCAGAUUCUUCUUGGAGGCAUAGUCAAGUUCCCAGAUCUUCAUCAGUGGUACUUGGAUCAUUUGGAACUGACUUAAUGAGAGAGAGGAGAGCAGAUUCCUCCAUUAGUAAUCUUAUGGAUUAUAGUCACCGAAGUGGUGAUUUCACAACUUCAUCAUAUGUUCAAGACAGAGUUCCUUCUUCAUAUUCACAAGGAGCAAGACCAAAAGAGAACUCAUUGAGCACUUUACAAUUGAAUACACCAUCUACAAAUCACCAAAUGCCUUCUGAACAUCAGACCAUACCAUGUUCUAGGGACUCUGGUAGAAAUUCUUUAAGAUCAAAUUUUUCUCCAAGAGAAUUAGAAUCUCCCCAAAGCAGUAUACAGUCUGGAUUUUCUUAUAUUUCCAAUAGAGGUGAAACCUCAACUAUAGGCAGUUCAAAUAGGGUUGGCUCAUCUCAAAGAUCAUUUCAAGAAUCUUCUGACAAUGAAGGUAGACGUACAACAAGGAGAUUGCUGUCACGUAUAGCUUCUAGUAUGUCAUCUACUUUUUUUUCACGAAGGUCUAGUCAGGAUUCCUUGAAUACAAGAUCAUUAAGUUCUGAGAAUUCUUACAUUUCUCCAAGAAUCUUGACAGCUUCACAGUCUCGUAAUGCAGCAUCAGCUUCUGAUGGUCCUGAUAAUAGGGCAUCCGAAGCUUCUCAGGGAUUUCGAUUUCUUCGGCGAAGAUGGGGUUUGUCAUCUCUUAGCCAAAAUCAUAGCUCUGAGCCAGAUUCUGAAAAUUUUAGCCAAGAAUCUGAAGGUAGAAAUACAGGACCAUGGUUAUCUUCCUCACUUAGAAAUAGAUGCACACCUUUGUUCUCUAGAAGGAGGCGAGAGGGACGAGAUGAAUCUUCAAGGAUAUCUACCUCUGAUAUACCAUCUAGAUCUCAUCAUAUUUUUAGAAGAGAAUCAAAUGAAGUGGUUCACCUUGAAGCACAGAGUGAUCCCCUUGGGGCUACUGCCAGCAGACCACAAGCAUCUGCAGCACCAAGCAGUGCUGCUGCGGGUGGCUCCAUAUCAGAUUCGGCUCACAGUGGACGAAGUACAGGAAUAACAGGGAUCCUUCCUGGUUCCUUAUUCCGAUUUGCAGUGCCCCCGGCACUUGGAAGUAAUUUGACCGACAAUGUCAUGAUCACUGUAGAUAUUAUUCCUUCAGGUUGGAGUUCAUCUGAUGGAAAAAAUGAUAAAACUAAAAGUGUACCCUCAAGAGACCCAGAAAGACUGCAAAAAAUAAAAGAGAGCCUCCUUUUAGAGGACUCUGAAGAAGAAGAAGGUGAUUUAUGUAGAAUUUGUCAGAUGGCAGCUGCAUCAUCCUCUAACUUGCUGAUAGAGCCAUGCAAGUGCACAGGAAGUUUGCAGUAUGUCCACCAAGAGUGUAUGAAAAAAUGGUUACAGGCCAAAAUUAACUCUGGUUCUUCGCUAGAGGCUGUAACCACCUGUGAACUCUGUAAAGAGAAGUUGCAGCUUAACCUGGAGGAUUUUGAUAUUCAUGAACUACAUAGAGCUCAUGCAAAUGAACAAGCUGAGUAUGAGUUUAUCAGCUCUGGUCUCUACCUAGUUGUGUUAUUGCACUUGUGCGAACAAAGCUUUUCUGAUAUGAUGGGAAAUACGAAUGAACCAAGCACACGUGUCCGAUUUAUUAACCUUGCAAGAACUCUUCAGGCACAUAUGGAAGAUCUCGAAAGUCCUCAUGGACCUUUAAUAGGCAGCCAGCUCCGCCAGCAGCUCCAAUCUCUUAAGAUCACGUUCCAGCUUUAGGACUUCUGCCUGGGCUCCUAUGUGAAGGCACUUAAUGCCCAAAUCUUUACAGGCAUCUGCACAGCUUACCCUCUUCUCAAAGUCCUACAACCUCCAGGGUGCUUCAUACCAGGUGGGCACAGAUAUUGGUGGCUCUGGAACAGUUCCUGGGAAUCCAAGAUUACCCUACCUAUUGUGCUUUUUCACCCAAAGCAACUGGCAUCCCAUGAUCAGAUUCCAGUACACUCUUUGAAGUGUUUUUAUAUAUGUAUUCUCCAAUUGAUUAUCUUCUAUACUCAUCUUCAAAAUACUUGGACUGUUAACCUGUAAUGUGCAUAAUAUUUUUACCUUUAGAGAAAGCUUAGCAUCCUUUGAAGUAAGGUUUUUUUAAAGUUUUAAAAGGAUUAGAGGUACAAUGAGGUAAUGCAUUUUCACAAUUUUAGUUAGUAUGUGUGGAAAUGGUAUAUAAAGGAAUCAAAUGGUAUAAUAAAGUGGGACUUCAUUUAGUGUAAAUCUUUUUAUCCUUCAUACCUUCUUAGUUCAGAUCCAUCAUGUUGGCUAAUACAAAGAUCUCUCUUUUGUAAAUUAUGAUUGAUACUUUGUCAAAUGUGAUGAGAGUAAUUUGUUGCAGUGUACAUUUUCCCCAGAUUGCUUGUUUUCAACUAACAUUCUCAUUUAGAAUUUAGUUUUCUAAACAUAUAGGAGGGUCUACUCCCAACAUGUGAACGAGAGGGAAAAGGUGAAGUUGAAAUAUAUACCCAGACUUAACUGAGAGUGAAAGAUGUGGGUGCUACAAGUUAACUCCUAAGUACUAGAGUAUUAAUAAAUUCUGAAAAUUGGUUCUGACUGAAUUUUCUUCUGUAGAGUUAAUCCAAUAGAAAACAUGAGAAAUUCUCUGAAAAGCUAUUUUAUUUUUUAGUUUGACAUUUCUCCAUGAUAUUGCAUAAAAGUUAAGCAUAGGAUUUACUCUUCAUGAGCUAAGUAUAUGCUUGAUAUUUAUUUAAAAUGGAUUUUAAAUUUCUGCAAGGUAAAUAUAUGGAGAUUGAAGUUUCAUCUGUACGUGUUGCAUAAUUUUUUCUUGUUGAUUCCAUUUUCUGGUCACCCUUAAAUUGUCCAGUAUUAAAUACAAGAAGAGUGUACAUUUAACCUUUCUGCCCUUGAUAAUAGGGGAAAUGCUGGUAGGAUGUUUAGUGAACUUCCAUUUUCCUUCACAUGCAGACAGUUACAUAGUCUUGUACUUACUGUGUCCUUCUUAAAGACGUUCGUGGAAGUUUUAUGUUAAACUCUUGAGCCACUAAUGACUGUAAAAUAAAUUGAGGUCGGACAUGUUGCAAGAGUGAUAAAUUUCUGACAACGUGGAGGCAUAGGAAUAAUCUCAACAAAAGGUUUUUACUAAAUCCAAUUAUAUUAACUUAGGCUGUGUCUAUAUAAAGCUUUUUUGACUAAAUAGAGCUUUUUCUUGGCAUUGUAUAGACAUAGCUCUGAUGUAAAUUUCAAGAACACCCAUAACCUAUUAUUCUAUGUACAUUUUUUUUC